CUUGUGUGUACUUGUUAUUUUAAAAUGUAACUAUAAAACAGUGAAAACACAAAUAUAUUAUAACAUUUAAGCUAUUUAACUAAUUAACAGUGCAGAUCACAAGUUUAGCAUGGAAUUUUCGCAACAAAUUGAAGUGCGAUACGAAUUGGCAUAAAACCAAUAGGGAAAUUCUCGUUGAAAAAUAAUUGUUAAACAAAAAGGUGAUAUACAAUUUAAUCGGCAGAGACGCUGGUCGAGACAUAUGCAUACGAUGUCGUAAUGGAGUCACCGCUAUACCCCAAGGUCAACAACAAUCUGAGUGCCAAGGUCUCGCCCGGCGGCGGCGGUGACAAGAUGAGCUCGAGUAUGAAUACCAGUUGUAGCUUAGAGGAGGACACAACACCCAGUGAUUCGGGUGUACAAUUGCUGGAUAGCGAGAAUAGCGACGUUAUGCUGGAAUCUUUUUGCUCUCAGUCCGGGUUGGAGUUCGAGGAGCCAGUGAAGCCACAAAUUUCAACUGUCACUCAACCUGUCGAUGGCAAUUCAAAUGUUUCCACGGAAGAGAGUAUGACAGCCAGCGCCUGUUCGACCUUUGACACCGCUGAAAAGAUCGUGUAUAGGCGCAAGGUGCACAAAGCUUCAUCGACGCCCAAGGCGCCCAAGAAGCGCGUCUCAUUUCACGAAGACAUCUUAAAAAACACACGCACCGACAACAUACACAUAGAGCAUGGCUUUAUCACAUACAAAAACGGACGCAAAUUAGCCGUAGUGGGCAGAAAUUCAGCAGGCGUAGCUGGUGCUGCUGGUCGCUAUUCGUGGUGCGCAGAACGGGAGCGCGUGCAGGCUCCGACAGAGCUGAGCGCUGCUGGCCUGGAUAUAGGAGAACGGGAAGCCGGCAACGAUGCUAUGGGUCACAAUCGUCGUUUGGUCUAUCGCAAUGCCUGUUCGGAUGUUCUAGACUAUGGCAACACGGAUAUCUAUGAUACUAAUGAGCCAGUCGGGCUGCAAUAUGACAAUUCCGGCGUGUUUGAGUAUGGGCCAAGCGCGGCGGAUACUAAUCAACGUGAUGAUCGUUUGCUCUAUCGCUGCGCCUGCAGCAGUUCCAAUUCGAGCCUGGACUCGGAGGAACAGGACAAGAACUCUAACAGCACUUCUAGUGCCAAUCGCAAACACUAUGAACAGGCCAAGAGCAGCUCCUGCGAUUGCAUUGGCAUGAGCAAUGCCAACAAUAACUUAAUUGGCGACAAUUGUUACUACUCAGAGCCGAAUAUUGAGGAUGCCGGCAGUCCCAAACAGAAGUCCGUAUGGAACAAGGAGAAGAAGCCCAAGUCGAGCUGCCUGAAGAAAACCAAACGUCACACAAAUAUUAUCCACGAGCAGGAUCUCAAUGAGCGCGUCAAGAAGUUCAAUGUGCACGACAUAAAGCAUCAGUUGCUCGACAAUAGCAGCAAAAUGAUAUUCGGCUCGCUGAAGAGUAUCUUCACCAUGCCGCUGCCCGAACGUGGUGUGCCCGAGGGCUCUGAGGACUUGCAGUCAGUGGUUGAAUGCGUGCCAGAGCUGGAGCAAACGCCCGAGCACAAACCGAAGCCAUAUGCGCAAUGCGUCUCGCCCGAUUCACCGCCGGUCAAGGCCAAGCCCUUUCUCAGCAAGAGUCUGGAUGGCAACAAACAGACGCAGUGCGUCAAGAAAUUUGUGCACAAUGUAGACGAACAGCUGCGUCGCAAAAACGAUGAGCAAAACAGCUCGGCAGAGGCGUCACCCCUAGAUCAGCCACAUGUGCUGCGGCGCCAAGAUGAGUUCGAUAAUGAACCAGUGGUCGCGGCACCAAUUGUCACCAGCACACAAAGUGAAUUCCGCAGCAAGUUUAUCAUCAACUGUGAAAGCACAGUCUUUGAACAUACGGGCGUCUCCUACGAGACCAACAGCGAGCCGCAACAGCAGUCGCAGCUACAGUUAUCCACUAUGUCGGCAACGCAACACAGCAGCGUUGCCAGUCUAUUGGAGCGGGACACACCCAUUGCACAGCCUGCGAGUCAGCUGCGCAGUUCGUUUAUGGAUGCUCCGAUAGCUAAGACCUUUAGCAACUUCUUUCGCAGUCUCAAAGAAAACUCCAGCAGCUCGGCAACAGCGGACAGGGAGCAGGAUCAGAAGCUAAAUGUCGAUCAGCAGCAGCAACAACGUGCCGCCACAGAUAGUUACUUUGCUUCAAAAAUAUCCAAAACGCAACAGCAGUCGCAUCAGCCCCUCACCACGAAGCUACCCACCACCCAAUCCUCAUCCACCAUAUCCGAGCUUAGCUCAAUUAGCAACAACACCAACAGUAACUCCACAUCGUGCACAAAGCCGCAAACUCCAAACAAUGUACAUGGCGUAAUGCUGGGCAAUGUGGAGCGCCAGUCGCGUCACUUGCCAUCACCCUUAAAGAAGCGAAGCGGACAGCCCCCACGCUAUGGUGAGUCGCUGCAGCAGCCGACGCACAGUCGCAGCCUGCACAGUCCGAGCAGCUAUUUGAGCAGUGCAAGAGGUGGCGGGGCAGCGGGUGGGAGUGGACGUGACUCGAAGAACACCAUACUCAGUGAGGAGUUCGAUGAUAUACUGACCAUAACUACCACUACGGACACGACCAAUGACCGACCUUCCACGGAGAGCGAUCUUGUUAUUGUGGACUACAAUGAUGUGGACUAUGCACAGCUAUUGAAACCGCCUGUGCCGGCAGUCAAAACCUCAUUGAUCAAUCGCUUUUUGCGUAAUGUGACCCAGAAGAAAAUACUGGAGUCAUCCAUACGAAAAAAUGAUUUCUUUGCGGACAAACUGCGCAGCGAGCAUAAGCACCUUGGCUCCAAUCUCUAUGUGCGCGGCGUGCGACCUAAGAAUUAUGAACUAAUUGACGACCUAAAUGCCGAGAUUGCCAUGGAGAUUGAAAUGUCAGGAGCCAAUUCGCCACGACGCGAACUGGCUGUGGGCAUGGAUCUAGAUUUGCCGGGAGAUGUCUCCCGUUUCGAACUGGGCAUUGGCGAAAUAUCCAUUGAUAUAUUUAAUGGCAAGCAUUUGCCCAUGCUGCGUGAGCCCAAUGAACAGCUGUUGAAGGUCUUCAAGCUGUACACUGGCUACAGUCGCGAGGGCUUCAUGACCCCAGUCUUGGUGCUGUUAACGGAUAAGACGCUUUAUGUGACAGAUCUAGUGCGAAAUUGCUUGUGUGCAAAGUUUGUGCUGGCCUACAAGGAUCUGGACGUCAUAUUGAUGGGUCCCUUCGGUAAUACGGUGCUACUAAGCAACAGUAUGCGGGAUAUGCAGCAGGUGCUGUUAGCGGGCGGACCCUAUCCAGCCGAUGCACUGGUGGCUAAUCUGGAGCUGUGCGCACGUCGCAGCGGCUCAACGUUGCCCGCAGUGGGACAAUUGACGCUGGAACAUUUGGCGCCAUUGCAGAAUUUUGUGCGUGCAAACAGCUGUGUGGGCAAGGAUGAGCGCUGGAUGUUCUAUGCAGUAGUAAAUAUGCCGGCAGGUGGUGCUCUGGGCAUGGGCUUAGAUGGUGAACAGGAGCCAUUGGGACCGCACAUCAAAGGCUUUCUCAUGCAUCGACGAGUGCGAGAGACGGCCACAGCGAACGCAGCGGCAAAGAUAAGCUGGCAGCCGGGUUACUUUUUGUUAAAAGCUGGUGUGCUGUACAUGUUUCAUGAUUCCACACAGAAGUUGCCCAGCUGGGCCAUGGCUUUAGCCGAGUGCCAGGGCGCAAGGCGUGCUGUCAAAUCCGCGCGUCCGCAUUGCUUUGAGAUUAUGCUUAAAGGCGACCUCUUACAAAUGGCUGCACCGGAUGAGUAUGUGGCCUCCGAGUGGCUGCAAGCGCUGCUGCAAUCGGCAAGUGGUCUCUUCGAGCUACAGGAACGGCACAAGGCUUUGGGCUGCACUUUGAUCGUCACCCAGAAUCAUUUGAUAACGCUACGCGAGGACUUUGUCGCGCCAUUGCGACAGUUGAACAUCCAUUCUGAGGCAUCGCCAGCUGCUGCGGAACAGAAGCAGCUGCUGCGCGACGAUGAAAUGUUAUGCAUUUUUGAAACUAGCAGCUUGUUGAGCUCCACCAUGAGCACGCCGACUCGUGGCACACAACAGUCCUGCUCCUCGCUUAACUCUACGCCCACCAAGCAAACGCUGGAUGCAUCUAAAGCUGUACCAAAAGGACAAUCGAAAAGCAUGAGCAGUGUUUACGGCAAAAAUUCGGGCUUAGAAAUACUCACCUGUGCUGACAUCAAGGCAAUGACAGGCAUUAAAAUACCCUCGCAUAGUGAGACCUGGUGGUGCAUAUUGGAGUUCUCGUGUCAGGAGGCGCCGCUGGAGUGUCUAGAUGAUUUGGUUAUAUUCUUUGCAAGCAGCAUGGAAAUGCAACGCUUCCUACGGCUGGUCGAGCAACUAUGGCAGGCCAAAAAUAAUGAUCUCUUCCCUAUAACUAUAUUGGACGAUGAGGAAACGCUCGCUGAGCAGUGCACAAUGUUAUACUUGGACAUAAAUCGCGCUUGGGAGCCUCUAUUAUCGGCAGCACUGGGUUAUCCGCUAUAAAUCGCGCAACUAUACACAUUUAAUCUAUCCAUAUAAAGUAAUUUUGCUAUAUCUGCGCAAAUAGAACUCAAUGCUUAAUAAUUGUAAUACUCUAGCAUAUUUGCUGAAAAAACA